CUUUGACCCAGAUCCUCGACAUCCCGACUGUGACCAUCACCUGAUCAUCGCUAUGGAUGUCCCACCGUCUGACCAACUGUAUUGGCUCAGAUUCCGACCCACAACGCCUAAUGCACGCUUUACAGACCUCUAUCUAAGAUGGCAUGGCGGUGGGAUUCCAGCCGUUGUAUUAUCCCCGAACCCACCAAAGUUUCUCCGAUUCCACCUGACGAGCGAGGGACAGCAGGUCGCCACGUCCUGGAGGGAGAGCGAUAAAGGGAGAUAUUGGGGGUUCGUCGCUCAAGCAGCCGGGACAGAUACGUCGCAUCAUCCUGUGGAGAUGUUUGAGACUCGCGGAGAUCCUGGAUUGGAGUGGGAGGGAGAGGAAGGCGAGGAGACACUACAGUGGACGAGUCCACCUGACUCCUCGGGUGGAUGGUCGGGCUGGAUCGUCCUUGAUGGACCACACGGUCAUCCCCAAUUGUAUUGGUUGACAAAGGGACACGGUGCAGAGUUACCGAUCGGAGCGGAAAAGGUGGACAUUGUCAAGGUCCCAAUUGUGAAUCAGGAGACUGCCUGAGCCCAACGACCCGGACUGAGUGGGCUAUGUUAGAGAGACUA